AUGCCCGGUCACCCGAGUUACCUCCCAGAACAAGCCGGUGCCUUCUCACAGCGGAAGCAGACACCAGCAGGCACUGCAGUUGCUUUCAAGCAGACUCGGACAUCCGGGCCAUUUCUUCGCAUCCAUGCGUGGAUUCCGGUGAUGAAACGGAGCCUUGCACUUGCAGCCUUGCUCCGCGAGAUCCAGGCUGCGGGGCCUUCAGGUUCAGGCUCGGGCGUCGCUCAGGUCGGGAACCUGACAGAGCCUACAGCCCACAACUCCUCGACUGAGCAUAAAGCUGGCUCGGAGGCAAAGCUUUGUGAAGUGCUCAAAGAUGAGCAUGGAGAAUGGACUGGUUCCGUACAUCCUGGUGGUCUUUAUGUUUUGACCUGCAGUCGAGGUUAUCAGGUUGAUGGCCACUCGCAGGUCAACAUGACUUGUUCCCGACAUGCCGAGUGGCCGGCCAAGCCCUGGUGUGAGGCCGUGGACGACUGCGAAAAGCUGCUGUAUAAGUGUGGGCCUGCAGGUUUGUGCCACGAUCUCCAAGAUGGGGUCGAGUGCAUGUGCGAGCGCGGUGCAGAGCGAAGCUUGGCCAGCAACGGCGAAGCCGUUUGCCACUUUCAGGGCACCACCGACUGUGGUGGUCGGAACUGUGGUUCUCACGGAGUGUGCGUACAUUUGAAGGAAUACCAGAACACCUUCGACACCGGCAAUAGUUCCUUCCGAUGCAGCUGUGAACGGGGCUACAUGGACGAUGGAGAGAAGUGUGUGGCUGCAGACUGUGGGCCGCUGCAGGAUCCGUUCGGCAUCUGGCACGGCAGUCACGCCUACCUUGGGGAGUAUACCUUGGAAUGCCAUGACGAUGCCUUCGUGUGGGGUGGCACAGAGCAGGCUGCCACAAUCAGUUGUCCCUCGUUUGGGCGCUGGCGCACAGUGCCACGAUGCUUGAGCCCCCUCGAGGAGAGAAGGGAGGCAGAGCGAGAACGCAUUUCGUUUUUUUUCCAUGUCUGCGCAUCAGUUGUAUGCAUCGUAUCGGCUGCCUUAGCUGCCGGGCUUACCAUGGGAUUGGUUGGCUUGGAGCCGGUAGAGUUGCAAAUCAUUGAGGCGGCCCGGCUAGACGACUGUACGACGGAGAAGGAGAAGGAGCGACUCCAGAAGCAAAAGGACGCCGCGAAGCGGAUCUUGCCGUUGCUGAAGGACCACCACUUGCUCCUUGUAACCCUGCUUCUCCUCAAUGCGCUUGCGAAUGAGGCGUUGCCCAUUUUCCUGGACGAUCUACUCAGCCCCGUUUUUGCGGUGCUGCUGUCUGUCACUUUUGUGCUGAUUUGCGGCGAGAUCCUUCCAUCUGCAGUUUUCACCGGCCCUGCGCAGUUGACCGUGUCUGCGUCGUUUAUUCCCGUGGUCAAGAUCUUGCUGACGACGAUGUACUGCAUCGCAAAGCCGAUUGCCAGGAUCCUGGACGAGGCCCUGGUCCACAACCGCGAGGAGCGCUUCUCGCGACCAGAGGUCCGCUCUGUCCUGCGCUUGCAUUCGCCAAGCGGGCACCAAGCUGCACGAGAAGCUUAUCGUGAGCGGGAAGGCAGUGCGGAGGGCAGCCCAGGAGGUCAAAGUUGCCUCAGCGGCUCGAGGAGCGCGGCCGAAAAUCAGCUGCUGCCCUCGGAGGACCCACCGCAGCCACCGAGUGUUCUGAACGACUUGGAGGUUGACUUGUGCAUGGCAGUGCUGAUGCUUGGAGAUACUUUGGUCGCCGAUAGUCCGGCCUUCUACACAUUGAAGCGAUGUGCAAGGAGGGUGAUGCCAGCCGACUUCUACAGUCCUGCAAUUUCUGUGGCUGCUGACGCAGUGUCUUCGAACAAGGACUUCGUCGUCGUUUUCCCGAACAUUGACAAUGUUGAAUGGCCCGUAGAGGUGACUUGGGAGGAAAUCGUGGGGAUUCUGCGAACUUCAGAGCUCUUGGCGACCCAAUCCUGUACGCCGAUUGGCUCGCUCUGCAAGCGCAAGCAGCGACCAGCUCGUAUAGAGGCUCACGAGACAGCUGCGGAUGCACUUGCCCACAUUGCUGAUGCUUGCGAGUCGCCCUGUGGUAUCGGGGUGGUUCACCGCAAUGAUGAUUUCUUCGGUAUUUUCGACGGUGAGGACGCCCUGUGCGGUGCGAUUGCUGAGCAAGAAGAGUUUGCCGUACCGUGUACACCUAGUGACCGACUUUCACGCCAAAGACGUGAGGCAGGGUUGGGCAUUGUCCAAAGCCGCAGUGAUGCAUCGCCUUCCUCUUCGACAGGGAGCCCUGCACGCGAAACAAUCCCGGAGAGUGCGCAUUUGACCGGGCGGACUCUUGGAGAAAUCGCUUCAAUGGCACUGGAGCCGGUAGACGAAAAGGAGGUGCGAGAUCGCUUUCACACGGAUCCUCAGCCAGAUGUGGUGCGAGGAAUCUCACUGCCACUGCCCUCACGAUCAACAUCAAGUGCCAUAGAUGUGGUCAAGUCUAUGUCGUACAGUGUCGGAAGUCCUGCUGCGGCCAGCGAGCUUGAAGAGAAUCAACGGCAAACGCCUCCGGGAGACAUCGUGCCUGGCCAGACACCACCGGGGCGCUCUCGGCCGAGGCCUGCGAAGCUGUCCUCGGAGCUGGAGCUGACGAUGCCGCUCCAAGUUCUCUCGGAGGGAACGGAGGUGGUGCCGACGGUGCCGCCGACGGUGCCCGACACUGCGCCGGUGCCGGAGGAGGAGAGAGACCUCGAAGAAAUCUCCAUCGGUUCACGGCCCAGCCAAGGGCCGUUUAGUGGCGGACAGGAGUAG